UUUUGAGAUUGUGGUUUCAGAUGCGUGCUUUCUAAGAUUUGUGAGAUGUAUUGAUGUGUGUUUCUGAAAUUUUUGGUAAUGUUAAGAUUUACGUGAAUGUGUUUGGGCUUGUAUGUGAGAUUUAUUGAAAAUUUGUUGAAACCAACACUAUUGUGAAAGAAUCAGAGUUGUUUUUGUGAGACUGAAAUUCUGAUCUGAGAUUGUGUGAUAUUCUUGUUUUCUUGGUGAUUUUGAUCUAAGUCGAAGUAUGAACGGAGUCGGGAACGGCCAGAAUGUUCUCAGCAAGCAACUAUCAGCGGAGUCGCUGCCUAUAUUCCAAGAAGGUAUAUGUCUUAUCCUUUCUAGAUGGUCAGCUUUGCAAUUAGCCGUUGAGAACGAGUGGGGUGGCCGUGGUUCUCGACAAUUAGCUGACCAGCUUGGCUCCGAUAUCUUCUCUUGGUUCACUCAAUCUAAAGAGCCACUCUACAUCGAUGAUUUAGAAAAUAUCCUGGAUGAAGGCAUGCUUUCUCUUAAUACCAUGAUUGAGGAUGGCAGUGUUGAAGAGGUAGCAGAGAAGUUAAUGAUUAUGCAUGAAGAGUGUUUGGAAGGUAACUAUAACUCUAUUGAAAAGUUGAGGCAAGCAGGUCCUAGUACUGGAGCUCAUCAACAUGUCAGACAGGGUGCAGAAGAUGACGAUGAUGAUGAUGAAGAGGAUGAGGAUGAGGAUGGAAUGGAUGAUAGAUCAAACAUGGUUGUUGAUGCACCGAAAUUUCAGACAAAAGCAAAACAAGUGAGCAUGCAGGUUGAUGGCAACGGCCAGGAGGCUCAAGGAGAAGAUGGUUGGACGGUUGUUUCAUCUAGGAAAAACAGGAAUAAAAUGAAUUAGAUCAUAUCAUUUUUGUAAUUUGCUCUUUUUUUAAUGUGUUCCUUCGGCAUUUUUAAUGUGUUCCUUCGGCUUUUAUCAAUUGGUGCUUUACUAGUGUGAUCUUCUACAAAGUGGAAAACUCUACUUGAUCGUUCAUGAUGAUGGUAUGAGCUUGUUUAAUAUUAGUGAGUUUUUAGUUUUA